UUAUGCUCCCGAGUGAGUAUAAGUAUCCUGAGCGAGUAUGUCUGAACUUCAUUCUCAGACUCAGCCAGAAGCCAAAAGCCUCAGCAGUGUUCGCCAACUCAGAGGAGUGAAGACAAGAAACAAACACUAUGGUUCUUACACCAAUGUUUUUAGGGAUCCUUUUCAGUCUCUCACUGAAUUUAUGGCUCUGUGAGGCUGCAAGUGUGAUAAUUUUGGAUCAAGAAGAAGUACCAUAUGUCAAAACCGGUGAUACCAAGGCCAAACUUGAGGAUGCAAUAUUUCAGGGCAGAAUUAAACAAGCUGCUCGAAGCUGCAAGGAACUGCAUGAAAAGUAUCAGGUUUAUGAUGAUGGUCUAUAUUAUCUGAACUCAUCAAGAGGAGUCCUUUACCAGACGUUCUGUGAUAUGACCACUGCUGGCGGCGGCUGGACGCUGGUUGCCAGUGUUCAUGAAAACAACAUGUAUGGAAAAUGUACUCUUGGUGAUCGCUGGUCUAAUCAGCAGGGCAGUGACCCAAACCGGCCUGAUGGUGAGGGGACAUGGGCGAACACAGUCACAUUCGGAACAGCUGAGUCCUCUACAAGUGAUGAUUAUAAGAACCCUGGAUACUAUGACAUUGUGGCACAAGAUGUGUCUGUGUGGCAUGUUCCUAAUAAUAUUGAUUUGGAACAGUGGUCCGCUACCUCCAUCCUGCGAUACCACACUGAAAAUCACUUCUUAACCCUCUACGGAGGAAACCUUUUCUAUUUAUUCAAGAAAUUCCCUGUGAGGUUUGGAUUAGGGGCAUGCAUCACUGAUAAUGGACCUGCUAUUCCAAUAGUGUAUGAUACCGGAAAUGUGGAUUACAACAAAAAUUUGUAUGGUCCCAAUUCAAGACAAAUAUCUACACCUGGAUUCAUCGCAUUCAGAGUCUUUAAUACUGAAAGGGCAGCCAUGGCUCUUUGUUCAGGUGUCAAACCAACCGCCUGUCACACUGAACAUUUCUGUAUUGGUGGAGGUGGACACUUUCCUGAGGCCGCCCCUAGACAGUGUGGGGACUUUACGAGCUUUGACUGGGAUGGCUAUGGUACUAAUACGGGAUGGAGUGCUUCCAAAGAGAUAACCGAGGCAGCUGUGCUUCUCUUUUAUCGCUGACAUUUUGAUCAAUCUAUAAUCGCCAGCUUCCAUCCCUUCUUCUUUCUGAGAUAUUCAGCAUUGAUUAACACUUGAAUGUUACAUACACAAUUAUUUGCUCAAAUGUAUUUCUUUACUAUAAAUAUAUAUAUAUAUAUAUUCUAUACUAUAUACACACAUAAGGCAACUGAAUUGUAACUGAAAAAAAUCAGAUUAGCCAUUUAUUGAGCUUUAUUGAGCUUCUGCUAGUUCAUAUUUUACACCUCCUCUCAAUGUUCAUGGGUUUCUUGGGUUCACGGGUUUCAACUGUUCAAAAUUGGAAACAAAUAUAUUAUGUUCAAAUAAAACCAGUGAAUUAUCAA